AUGACCUUCAUCCUCAUACCUCUUCCCAAAAGCAACUCGGCAGAUUAUGGUGCUUGUGAGAGAUAUAAGUGUGUCACUCAAUUUCAAUUAUCUGUGGAUGAUACUGCUUAUAGGAACUUCAUAUUACCCUGUUUUCUGCAGAGAAAACCACCUGAUUGGCAGGAUUUUGUUGGGAUCAUUACUCUGCUUUUUAUCAAUUCUACUAUAAGUUUUAUUGAGGAGAACAAUGCUGGUAAUGCUGCUGCGGCUCUCAUGGCCUGCCUUGCACCAAAAGCAAAGGUUCUUUGUGAUGGAAAAUGGAGUGGAGAAGAUGUAGUUGUUCUUAUUCCAGGUGACGUAGUUAAUAUUAAACUUGGCGACAUAAUCCCUGUAGAUGUUCGUCUUUUUGAGGGUGACCCAUUGAAAAUAGACCAGGUGAGUCCUUUCCUGUGACAAAAAGCCCUAGGGAUGGGGUUUAUUCAGGAUCCACUUGCAAACAGGGAGAGAUUGAAGCAGUGGUCAUUGCCACCAGUGUCCACACCUUCUUUGGCAAGGCUGCUCACCUUGUGGACAGCACAAAUCACGUGGGCCAUUUUUCAAAAGGUAUGGACAUUCAAAUAUAACUUUGUUUUGUUCAAGAUCAUAGUCAUGAAAAAUAUGAAAUAAAAGAAUUAAGGUAUUCAGGAGAUGAUAAGAGAAACAUGUCUAAUUUGUUCCUCAAGUACACCUAAUUCAUUCCUUUUCACAUCGA